AUGCCCGGUCAUUCCCAUACUCAUGGCCAUGGUUGUGGCCACGAAGCCACCGAUGUCGAUCAUGCCCUUGAAAUGGGCAUCGAAUAUAGUCUGUAUCAAAAAAUUGAUAUGGAAAAUUUGGAAUGUCUGAAUGAGGAAUCCGAUGGGGAUGGCAAGAAGGUCUUCAAACCCUAUGAGGAGCGCUUGGAUGUGACAAAGUUCGUCAAAAGUGAUUGUGAUGAGGAAUUGCUGUUCAACAUACCCUUUACUGGGAACAUUAAACUGAAGGGUAUUAUUGUGGCUGGAGCCAAUGAUGAUUCACAUCCGAAUAAAAUGAGACUAUUCAAAAAUCGCCCAAAAAUGACAUUUGAUGAUGCCCAAGCUAAAGCAGAUCAGGAAUUCGAAUUGACACGUGAUUGCCGCGGUGAAGUUGAAUAUUCUCCAAAAGUUGUUACAUUUUCAUCUGUCCAUCAUUUAUCGAUCCAUUUCCCAUCCAAUUUUGGUGAUGAUAAUACGAAAAUUUAUUAUAUUGGACUUCGUGGUGAAUUCAGUGAGGCGCAUCAUCAUGGUGUUACAAUUUGCAGUUAUGAAGCCCGGCCCAAUGUCAGCGAUCAUAAGAAUGAAGCAUUCGAUUCUGUUACCAGAACUAUACAAUAA